UUCGAGCCGGGCGUGCUGGAGGCGUGCCUGUUCAUCCUGGACCGCCGGGGGAUGCCCCACAGCGCCCGCGGCGACCCCGUCAUGGUGGCCAGGGUGGUGUCGGCCAUGGUGAACUCGCUGGACGACAACGGCGUGCUGGUGGGGAACUGGACCGGGGAUUACUCGCAGGGCACGAACCCCUCGGCCUGGGCCGGCUCCGUGGGGAUCCUGCGCAGCUUCCACGGCUCCGGCGCCCCCGUGCGCUACGGCCAGUGCUGGGUGUUCGCCGGCGUCGUCACCACCGUGCUGCGCUGCCUGGGGCUGCCCACCCGCACGGUGACCAACUACAACUCGGCGCACGACACCGACACCUCGCUGACCACCGACAUCUACCUGGACGAGGCCAUGCGGCCCCUGGAGCGCCUCAACACCGACUCCGUCUGGAACUUCCACGUGUGGAACGACUGCUGGAUGAAGCGCCCGGAUCUGCCCCAGGGCUACGACGGCUGGCAGGUGGUGGACGCCACGCCCCAGGAGACCAGCAGCGGGCUGUUCUGCUGCGGGCCCUGCUCCGUCACCGCGGUGAAGAACGGCGACGUCUUCCUCAAGUACGACACGCCCUUCGUCUUCGCCGAGGUGAACAGCGACAAGGUGUACUGGCAGCGGCAGGCGCACGGCGGCUUCGCCGUGGUGCACGUGGAGGAGGGGGCGAUCGGCCGCAGGAUCAGCACCGUGGGGGCCGGCUCUGCGGCCAGAGUGGACAUCACUGACCAGUACAAACACCCCGAGGGCUCGGAGGAGGAGCGCCGCGCCGUCUCCUCGGCCACGUCGCACGGCUCGCGGCCGCGGCAGCGCGGGCCGGCCUCGGCCGGGGAGGUGACGCUGGCCGUGGCCGCGGCGCCGGCCGUGGCCGGGGCCGAGCUGGAGCUGCGCGCCGCCGUGGGCAACCGCGGCGCCGAGCCGCGCACGCUGCGGCUGCGGCUGUCGCUCUGCGCCGUGCGCUACACCGGCGUGGCCGGCGCCGCCUUCCGGCAGGAGCAGCACCGCCGCACGCUGCCCCCGGGACAGGAGGACACGGUGACGAUGGCCGUGCCCUACGCCGAGUACCGGCCCCACGUCGGGGACCAGGACGCGCUGAAGCUGACGGUGGCGGCCGCGGUGCAGGAGAGCGGCCAGGUGCUGGCCAAGGAGCUGCUGGUGCGGCUGCACACGCCCGAGCUCACCCUCACGCUGCUGGGCCCGGCCGUGGUGGGCGAGGAUGUGGCGGUGCAGGUGGUUUUCCAGAACCCUCUGCCCGAGCCGCUGAACGGAGCCUCGCUGCGCAUGGAGGGCGCCGGCAUCUCCUGCCCCAAACCCGUGUCGCUGGGCUCGCUGGGGGCGGGGCAGACGCUCCGGCUCAGCCAAUCGGUGACGCCGCUGCGCGCAGGACAGCGCCGCCUAGCGGCCGCGCUGGAGAGCGCCGCCCUGCCCCCCGUGCACGGCAGCGUCCAGUUCAGCGUGGGAACUGGGAGCACUGGGAGCACUGGGAGCACUGGGAACCUGACUGCGAGCACCGGGAACCUCGCUGGGAGCGCUGGGAAUGCCGGGAGGAGGAGGAGGAGGAGGAGGGGGAGGCCUGGGGGCAGCACGGGGGGGUGAACUGGUUUAUACUGGGAGCACUGGGAGCCUGACUGGGAGCACUGGGAGCACUGGGACCCAUACUGGGAGCCAUACUGGGAGCCACACUGGAGCACUGGGAAUGCUGGGA